AUCGAAACAGACGAUCACUCCGCACGCCUAUGUAUAAACCCUUUGUCUUUCAAUCAAAUGGCAAUAUAAUGGCGGUUGGUUUUGUUGUUUUGCGUUUUUUUUUUUAUUGCUGAAGUGCUUGAUUUGUGAUAAAUGUAACCCCCCUGCAUGAGAAUUAUUUUAACAGUUCUAAUUGAAACGUAUAGCUUAUCAUUGCAAUUAUCUUCAUGGAUAUUCAGAAAUUCCCGAUUGUUUUUAUGGCUAUUGCUGGGCUGCUAUUAAUAAUUCAAAAUGUAUCGGGCCAUGUAGAGUUAACUCGAGAAGCAGUACGUCACCCUCGUUUGGAUUUUAAGCAAUCCAAUGAAGAAAUGAUAACUGUUGAAUAUCAGAAUGGUAGUGUUUCGAAACGUUUUUGCUGUGCAAAAUACUAUUUUAAUGGUGAAUCGUAUCAAAGAUACUGUGAAAAUGGCUGUCUAGUUGGAACUUGCCAAAAGACGGGAAAAUGCAUUUGCAAUCUGGGCUACAAAUUGGAUAGCUCUGCUCAAACGUGUAAGCCCAUAUGCCGAGGCAAUUGUCCACAGGGUCACUGCAUAAAGCCAAAUUUGUGUGCAUGCAAUGAAGGUUAUGAAUUUAAUGUUACCUUGCAGGAAUGUCAACCUAUAUGCGAGUCGAAUUGUGCAAAUGGAUUUUGUUCUGCGCCUGGAGAUUGCUCCUGCAAUCCUGGAUACGCAAUGAAUUUUACAACUAAAACUUGCCAACCCCUUUGCCAAAUGAUGAAAUGCCCGGAUCAUAGCAGUUGCCUUAAAUCGAACAAAUGUGAAUGCAAUAAUGGUUAUAACUACAAUGCCAUCACUCGUACCUGUGAACCUUUGUGUGUUAAGGCUUGUGAAAAUGGUGAAUGUAUUGCACCGAAUAAUUGCAAAUGUAACAAAGGCUAUUCCUUAGAAUGGAAUUUCAUUAAAAACUGUUCCAUCUGUAAAAUGAAUUACUGUUCUUCUAAUCAGCCCUGUACCAAUGGGCAUUGUCUAUCGAAUGGUGCGUGUGUUUGCAAUGAAGGCCAUUCAAAUUAUUUUGCAUUUUUAUUUGGAGACCAAUGUGAAAGUCUGUACUCGCUUUUCCUAAAGCUUGUAUUCGUGUUUUGCUGUAUUGUAUGCCUUAUCGCUAUUAUCUUUGUAGCCUUGGCCCGAAAUUCCCUGGAACGACCGAAAGGAGCCAAUUAUAAACCUUUGUUAACACCGUCUGAUAUCAUUAGGAAAGAAUAUAAUAUAUAUGAUAACUGUUAAACAAUUUA